AUGCCGACCCCUCUAAACCUCUCCCCAACAAACAAACCCUUCAAAUCCUCCCACCUCGCCAUCCCACCAUCCCCCUUCUCUCCCCGCCUCCCUCUCACCCCCUUCCCUACUCACCCCUCCGCCCCCUCAAAACCUCUACUCUCCGCCCUCACCUUCCCCCCACCUCCUCCGCAACCCCUCCACUGGCUCUGGCAAUGCCACCUCUGCAACCGCGUCUACCGCCUCGGCACCACGCGCCGCUGCCUCGACGACGGACACCAUUUCUGCGCUGGCACGACGACUGUGAAACGGAGCCGGAAGAGUGGACGGAAGGUGGUGAGGCAUAAGGCGUGUGCGAGCGAGUUUGACUAUGCGGGGUGGAAGGCUUGGGGGGUUUGGAGGCGGGGGUGUCGGGUGCAGAGGGCUGCUGCUGAGGAGCUUGAGAGGUUCUUGGAGGUGGAUGGGAUGGGGGAUGUGGCUGGUCAACAACCUUGUGAUGGGACGGCGACGGGGGAGGAGAAGGAUUGUUGGGGCGAGUGUGAUUAUCCGAGUGAGUGUCGGUGGGGGAAGCAGUAUGGUGUCGCUGCGCCUACCGCAACGCCUGAGGUCACGGUCACCGCUCCCCUGCUUCCGGCUUCAUCAGACGACGACAUGAUUGAGGCGGAAGACUCACCAGCAGGCACCACGUUCGAAGACAUCCUCCUCGACAUCUCCUCCAUCGCUGACGAAGACCUCCUCGCGGACCUUACCCACUCCGUUUGUACAGAGGAAGAGCAUCCACACUCGCCCGCCUCUACACCCACGCCUACGUCGCCGGUGGACGAGAAGAAACCCUCAAUGACGGAUCUACUCGAGAGCGCGAAGCGUAGGAAACGGAGGAGUGCCGGGGCAGCGACCAGUCCCCUUGCACUCACACCGCCCAGCCCCGACUUUCAGGGUGCAUCUGACAAGUUUGCUGCUGAGGGGUCGUUCCAGAGAGCCAUUGAUGAUUUUGAGGUGGAUAUGCGGAAGUCGUUUGGCAGGAGAGCAGGUGAAGUUGUCGGGCAGUUGUUUGGAAGAAGAGAGGCUGGCAAUGGCAGCGCAAAUGAAGGAAGGGGGCGGAAGAAGAGCAGUGCUGGUAACACCUGGUAG